AUGGGAAACGCAGAAAGUCAAAAUGUAGUGCAUGAGUUUUAUGGAGAAAAGCAUGCGAGCCUGGGGCGCAAACACACGUCGCGCUCCCUGCGCCUGUCGCACAAGGCGCGGCGGACCAGGCACGCCUCCUCGGGGAAGGUGAUCCACAGGACCUCUGAAGUGACCACCCGAUCCAGCAGCACUCCCAGCAUCCCCCAGUCCCUGGCCGAAAAUGGCUUGGAGCCCUUCUCCCAAGAAGGCACCCUGGAGGACUUCGGGAGCCCCAUUUGGGUGGACCGAGUGGAUAUGGGCUUGAGACCCGUGUCUUACACGGAUUCUUCCGUCAGCCCCAGUGUAGGCAGCAGCAUUGUCCUCACAGCAGCCUCUGUGCAGAGCAUGCCAGACUCGGAGGAGAGCAGGCUUUACGGGGAUGACGCUACGUACUUGGCGGAGGGAGGCAGGAGGCAUCAUCCCUAUACAUCCGAUGGGCCCACUUUCACGGAGACGGCGAGCUUUAAGAAGAAACGCUCCAAAUCUGCAGACAUCUGGCGGGAGGACAGCCUGGAAUUCUCACUCUCUGAUCUGAGCCAAGAACAUUUAACAAGCAACGAAGAGAUCUUGGGUUCUGCCGAAGAGAAAGAUUGCGAGGAGACUCGGGGGAUGGAAGCCCCGGCGAGUCCACGGCAGCUGAGUACCUGUCAACGUGCCAAUUCACUGGGGGACUUGUACGCUCCCCAGAAAACCUCCGGGGUGACGGCAGACGGGGGGCGGAGGGGCAGAUUUGCAGGCUACUGUCGGAAUUUGGUGUCUGAUAUUCCUGAUCUCGCUAACCAUAAGAUGCCACCCGCUGCUGCCGAAGAGGCUCUUCCGUACAGUAAUUAUAACACACUUCCCUGUAGGAAAUCUCACUGUCUUUCGGAAGGUGCCACCAACCCACAAAUGAGCCAUAACAACAGCAUGCAAGGCAGAAGAGCAAAAACAACUCAGGAUGUGAAUGCGGGCGAAGGUAGCGAGUUUGCCGACAGUGGGAUCGAAGGAGCCACCACCGACACGGACCUCCUGUCCCGGCGAUCCAAUGCCACCAACUCCAGCUACUCACCCCCCACCGGCCGCGCCUUUGUGGGCAGCGACAGCGGCAGCAGCUCCACCGGGGACGCAGCCCGCCAGGGGGUGUACGAGAAUUUCCGACGGGAGCUGGAGAUGAGCACCACCAACAGCGAGAGCCUGGAGGAGGCCGGCUCGGCGCACAGCGACGAGCAGAGCAGCGGUACCCUGAGCUCCCCGGGCCAGUCCGACAUCCUGCUCACGGCCGCGCAGGGCACAGUGCGUAAGGCCGGAGCCCUGGCAGUCAAGAACUUCCUGGUGCACAAGAAGAACAAGAAGGUGGAGUCGGCCACCCGGAGGAAGUGGAAGCACUACUGGGUGUCCUUGAAAGGGUGCACGCUCUUUUUCUACGAGGGCGAUGGUAGGUCUGGAAUAGACCACAACAGCAUCCCCAAGCAUGCCGUCUGGGUGGAGAACAGCAUCGUGCAGGCCGUGCCUGAGCACCCCAAGAAGGACUUCGUCUUCUGCCUCAGCAAUUCCCUGGGUGAUGCCUUCCUUUUUCAGACCACCAGCCAGACGGAGCUGGAGAACUGGAUCACUGCCAUCCAUUCUGCCUGUGCAGCCGCUGUCGCAAGGCACCAUCACAAAGAAGACACGCUCCAACUGCUGAAGUCGGAAAUCAAAAAACUGGAACAGAAGAUUGAUAUGGAUGAAAAGAUGAAGAAAAUGGGCGAAAUGCAGCUGUCUUCAGUCACUGAUUCAAAGAAGAAGAAAACUAUAUUAGAUCAGAUCUUUGUUUGGGAGCAGAAUCUUGAACAGUUCCAAAUGGACCUGUUUCGCUACCGCUGUUAUUUAGCCAGCCUCCAAGGUGGGGAGCUCCCCAACCCUAAAAGGCUACUUGCCUUUGCAAGCCGUCCAACGAAAGUGGCAAUGGGCCGCCUUGGAAUCUUUUCUGUAUCAUCUUUUCAUGCGCUGGUGGCUGCUCGCACUGGUGAAACUGGAGUCAGAAGACGUACUCAGGCCAUGUCCAGAUCUGCCAGCAAGAGAAGGAGCAGGUUUUCUUCUCUUUGGGGUCUGGACACUACCUCCAAAAAGAAGCAGGGACGCCCAAGCAUCAAUCAGGUGUUCGGUGAGGGAACCGAGGCUGUAAAGAAAUCUUUAGAGGGAAUAUUUGAUGACACUGUUCCAGAUGGCAAGAGGGAGAAAGAACUGGUCUUACCCAGCGUCCACCAGCACAGCCCUGACUGUGACAUCUGGGUCCACGAGUACUUCACUCCGUCCUGGUUCUGUCUGCCAAAUAAUAAGCCAGUCCUGACAGUCGUCCGGCCAGGGGACACGGCCCGGGACGCCCUGGAGCUGAUCUGCAAGGCACAUAGACUGGAUCAUUCUGCUCAUUACCUGCGCCUGAAAUUUCUAAUAGAAAACAAAAUGCAACACUACGUGCCAAAGCCCGAGGAGGACAUUUAUGAGCUGCUGUACAAAGAAAUUGAAAUUUGUCCAAAAAUCACUCAGAACAUCCAGAUUGAGAAGUCAGAUACAGCCGGUGAUAAUUAUGGCUUUUCACUUUCUUCUGUGGAAGAAGAUGGUGUUCGAAGGCUCUACGUGAAUAGCGUAAAGGAAACUGGCUUAGCUUCCAAGAAAGGCCUGAAAGCGGGAGAUGAGAUUCUUGAGAUCAAUAAUCGUGCUGCGGGCACCCUGAAUGCCUCUGUGCUCAAAGAUUUCCUUGCGCAGCUGUCCCUGGGCCUCCUGGUGAGGACCUACCCGGAGCUGGAGGGAGAAGCAGAGCUGCUGGGGAGCCCGCCCCUCCGGCUGGACGGCCCCGCCGACCUCAGCGAGAACCCUCUCGCCUUUCUCACCAGCAACACAGGGCACAGCCUCUGCAGCCAGCAGGGCAGUAGUGCUGAGACGGCUCCGGAGGAGACCGAAGGGCCAGACUUGGAAUCCUCCGAUGAGACUGAUCACAGCAGCAAGAGCACAGAACAGGUGGCUGCAUUUUGCCGCAGUCUGCACGAGAUGAACUCCUCUGACCCGAGCCCGUCCCCCCAGGACUCUGCCGGGCCUCAGCUGGCCACCAUGAGACAGCUCACGGACGCCGAUAAGCUGCGCAAGGUCAUCUGUGAGCUCCUGGAGACGGAGCGCACCUAUGUGAAAGACUUAAACUGUCUCAUGGAGCGAUACCUAAAACCUCUUCAAAAAGAAACUUUUCUCACCCAAGAUGAGCUUGAUGUACUAUUUGGAAAUUUAACUGAAAUGGUAGAGUUUCAAGUAGAAUUCCUUAAAACUCUAGAAGAUGGAGUGAGAUUGGUACCUGAUCUGGAAAAGCUUGAGAAAGUUGAUCAAUUUAAGAAGGUGCUGUUCUCUCUGGGGGGAUCCUUUCUGUAUUAUGCUGACCGCUUCAAGCUCUACAGUGCCUUCUGUGCCAGCCACACGAAGGUCCCCAAGGUCCUGGUGAAAGCCAAGAUGGACGCGGCUUUCAAGGCAUUCCUGGAUGCCCAGAACCCAAAGCAGCAACACUCGUCCACUCUGGAGUCUUACCUCAUCAAGCCCAUCCAGAGGAUCCUCAAGUACCCACUUCUGCUGAAGGAGCUUUUUGCUCUGACGGACGCGGAGAGUGAGGAACACUACCACUUGGAUUUGGCCAUCAAGACUAUGAAUAAGGUUGCAAGUCAUAUCAAUGAAAUGCAGAAAAUCCAUGAAGAAUUUGGGGCUGUGUUUGACCAGCUGAUUGCUGAACAGACUGGUGAGAAAAAAGAGGUUGCAGAUCUGAGCAUGGGGGACCUGCUUUUGCACACCACUGUGAUCUGGCCAAACCCGCCGGCCUCGCUGGGAAAGUGGAAAAAGGAGCCCGAAUUGGCAGCUUUUGUCUUCAAAACUGCUGUGGUCCUUGUGUAUAAAGAUGGUUCCAAACAGAAGAGGAAACUUGUAGGAUCUCACAGGCUUUCAAUUUACGAGGACUGGGACCCCUUCCGAUUUCGACACAUGAUUCCUACCGAAGCGUUGCAGGUUCGAGCUUUGGCCAGUGCAGAUGCAGAAGCAAAUGCUGUGUGUGAAAUUGUCCACGUAAAAUCGGAGUCUGAAGGGAGGCCAGAGAGGGUCUUCCACCUGUGCUGCAGCUCCCCAGAGAGCAGAAAGGAUUUCUUGAAGGCUGUGCAUUCCAUCCUGCGUGAUAAGCAUAGAAGACAGCUCCUGAAGACCGAAAGCCUUCCCUCGUCCCAGCAAUAUGUCCCUUUUGGAGGAAAACGAUUGUGUGCGCUGAAAGGGGCCAGGCCAGCCAUGAGCAGGGCAGUGUCCGCCCCAAGCAAGUCUCUUGGGAGGAGGAGGCGGCGACUGGCCCGAAACAGGUUUACCAUUGAUUCUGAUGCCAUCUCUGCUAGCAGCCCGGAGAAAGAGUCCCAGCAGCCCCCUGGGGGCGGGGACACUGACCGCUGGGUAGAGGAACAGUUUGACCUUACUCAGUACGAAGAGCAGGAUGACGUCAAGGAGACAGACAUCCUCAGUGACGAUGAUGAGUUCUGUGAGUCCCUGAAGGGCGCCGCGGUGGACCGAGACCUGCAGGAGCGGCUUCAGGCCGCCUCCAUCAGUCAGCGGGAGAGAGGCCAGAAGGCCCUGGAUAGUCACGCAUCCCGCAUGACGCAGCUCAAGAAGCAAGCCGCCCUGUCGGGCGUCAACGGAGGCCCGGAGAGCACGAGCGACGAGGUCAUUUGGGUUAGGCGUGAAGACUUUGCCCCCUCCAGGAAGCUGAACACUGAGAUCUGA